UCCUUAAUCUUUUGGAAGGCCCAGGUGUUCUGCUUGCAAAUAUCUGACUUCUCCACCAGACAUGCAUCGAAUCCGUCAGUUGAAAUUGCAGCUUGAAUGAGACCAGCUGCCUUGUCGCGACGAACGACGAACGCUGCAGUAUCCUGGAGACUUGCAUUCGUCAGCUUAGCAUCGCAAUACCAGUGACACGUCUCUUCCGAUGAAGCCGUGAUGGCUCGCUCCCAGACAGCCGUCAUUUCGUAACUACAGUCGAGGAUGCCCGAUAAUAAACUGAUUGCUGUUGCAAGCGAGAACAAACCACUGAAAAAGGCGGCCGUGACGACAGAUCGCAUCGCUUGGUCUUGUUGGACGUCUGCACUGGUGAUAUUCUUAUGAACUGUGGUCUCAUGAAGAGAGGGAGCUGGAGGGCCAUGUCUGUGUAGGGGAUUCUUCGGGUUUUGACCAUGUGCAUUGUGCACUGCAUUCCGCGAGAUGAGCUGGCCCCUGACAGCCCCUUCGUGGCCGACUCAACGGUGAACAAGCGAUUUGACGGUCUUUGUCAACUGGAGACACCUGUCAACAACAUGGAACAGGCUUGUUGGACAGGACAACGACGAUUUCAUAUCCUUAUUACCUUGAUCUUGGCACUUUGUGUUACUGGCCAAGUGGCAGCAAAGCUCAAGCAUCUUCAUUGUCGAAGUCUUGAACUCCAGAGUUCAACGAGCACCGUUCUCGCGAAUGAGAAAGAAUGCGGCACCUUCUGUGCACAAGUGACGGCUUCUUUGGGGAAGUCUGUACAAUUGGAGAACUUCAAUCACACCUACGUUCCGGAUGCAUGCCAGAAAGAUGGUGGGACAUGCCAGUACGAAACGGUCCAAUGGGACGCAACACACAAGAGUUGCUAUUGUGAGCAAUCGCUGAUCAUGGUGCGGGUAUCGAAGGCAGAUGUGCGCCUUCAGGAUGGCACUAUUGUAUCAUGUAAUCCGAAAGACAUUACUGAUCGGCUGUAUAAAUCUGUUGGAGACAAAUUGCCUGGGGAUCUACAGCUGAAGGUGACACGGCCUGAUGUGCACUGUCUCAAUCAGCCAAGAGACGAGCCUCAUGCACCGAAACCUUGUCGGUGCAACGAGUUCGGCGAGGUGAAGGAGGAGUGCAAAUGGUGAGCAUGGUGCGCAUGGCACCUUGGCUAGCAAAAGCGGUAGACGCGCACUCGUUCUUCGAGAGGCUUCAUACGCAGCGCUAGAUCAUCGGCUCUGGUAGUAUUCAUUCUCUAAAGCCGCCUAUGCCCACCUCGAGCUCUCCCUAAAU